GUGAACGCGAAGAGAGAAAGUUUCGUCUCAUUUUUUAACCUUCUUGUGAUAAAGAGCUGGCCAAUGGCCUCGGUUCAGCAACCCCCUCCACCCCUUCCACCCCCUCCACCUGUUACUUUGGCUUCUGGAAAGCCUCCAUCUUCACCGUGCCCUCAGCAUGCUGCAAUACCAAUACCUCCUGAAUAUCCUCCAGUUCAGGAGACAAGUGGAUCAUCGCAGGCAAAUUUCUCAGAGAAUGGAUCAUCUCCACCCCUGCAAAAUGGAUUACAGGUUCCACCAUCGCAAGACAGUGCAGGGCCUGAGCUGUCAGAUGGUGAUGAAGAAAAUAAGCACCUCCCAGUGCAGGAAACAGACCCUGCACCGCAGACGUUAGCCCAACAGAGUUCUGGAUCCAGGGUGCCCGAUGAAGCUGACGCUCAGGCAGGUGAGAAUGGAGAGGAGCGCAUGCCCUGAGGAGCUUCAGUUACUUGCUGAUACUUGAAAUUUCAAGCAGUUGGGAUCAUUUGAAUGUCAUUAUAUUGCAGUGAACUUCUACUUUGUCUUUUUAAUUUUAGCUAGGCUCUACGAAGCGCUUUGCUAUGUGUUUCUCAUUCAGUCAUAAAAACGUGUACUUCAUGAAGUUCAUGCCUUGCUUAUGGAAUUUGCACAUAGUUAAACUACUAGCUAUUAGAGACAAUCCACUUACCUACCUUAGCCACUCCUGAACAAGCCAAAGUACAUUAAAAUCAUUAAAGUACCUCGGUGACCUUGACCUCAAGGUCAGAGGUCAAGUUUUCUGAAAAUCUGGUGAAUACAAUAACCAAAGAAGAAAGUAAUGAUUUUCAAAUCUAUACUAUAGGUGCAUCUACUAGGAGGCUGAGGGUAGCAUUAGCGGCCAUAAGUAUUUUUUCCAUUAUUUUUAAUUUAUUGAAUAUGAGGAAAGAAAAUGUCUAACUUUUCCCCCAGUUUACCUUUCACAGGCAGGGAUAUAUUACUGGUUGAAGUAAGGAAAAUAUUUUGAAACUUGAUCAAAUCGAUGCCAAAUCAUAGGAGUUUAUGAUUCAUAAUUCUAAAGUCAUUUUAAUUUAUUUAUGAUCUUAAAUCUUUGAAGUGAUCAAGCAGUCAUCUGAUGCCUCGUGCUCUUUGGCACUGUAACCGGUAAGAAGUGCACUAUUGCCAUGUGGGGAAAAGAAAAAAGCUCACCAGCACAUGCACUUUGUCAGAAAUUUUUAAUGUGGUUGUUGAAUAUACCUCAGUGAUGUUUUAUUUCUGGUUUACUUUAAUUUGUCAUGACUUACGCUGAAACACAGGACCAUACUGCACAUACUUAGUGUGAACACUCAUUUGUAAAAAGUCAUUACCGUGCAGCGUAUUAACCAACAACGUUUUGCUCAAAAAUAGUAUUUAAAAACUAAUUUUGGUCUUCCAAAUAAAUUAUUGUCAUUUCUUUUUAUCUGUUUGUAUCAGUGUAUUUAACGUUAUGUUCGUGUGCUAAUGUGCUUACUGCUGGCUGGACAGGAAUCCUUUCCUGGAGUAUGAGCUAGUAGCUCAGAAUACUUAAGUCAAACUUGCAGCUGCAGUGCUUGAAACCUGUAAAUGUAUCUUUAAAAAAACCCCAAAUAUUUAAACACUGUUGAACCAAAUUUUGUCCUUUUUUUGUCACUUGCCCUUUUUUUUUUUUUAUUAAACUUUUUCUUGUUUUGAACACUUGCAUUACUGUUUUUGAAGGAAGGCUUGACAGUGUUUGGUGAGUUCCAUAAUGCAGCGGUCCCCAACCCCCGGGUUUGGUACUGGGCCAGGAGAGUUGAAGCUCGGGUGUUAAAUGUAUGGUUUUCAGAGUUUUCAUCGUUAACUCGGUUUCCCUGGGUCUUUUCCUGUGUUGUAGUUGUGCGUCUUAUUUUCAAAGAAAUAUUUACGCAUUACCAUAGCGACCAGAGAGCAUUAAGGGCCAGAGAGGAGGACGUUACUCACAAUGUUGUUGGCGCUGCUAAUAAAGUUACAAAAUUA